AGUGGUGGCAUAGCUCGGGCAUUACAGGAGCACCUCACAAUCCCAAAACCACAACGCUUUCUGGAUUAUCCAAAACCCCUCCGAUUCUCAAAUCCCUAAUUCUCUCUCCUGGUCCACAAUUGGGAAUGAGAGAAAGACAAAGCCAGCGCCUCUGAGACCUUGCUCUUCCUUCAAUUCGAGGCAAAGGGUAUGCUUUACUUGACCUCGAUUUUAGUUCAACCUCAAUGGAAGCCUCUACCUAAUUUUCUAGGGUUUUAUUUUCUCUGAAUUGAAUCGGGUUGCUGUCGAUUUGGGCGAAGACGAUGGCCUUUGCUCAAUCGUUGACCCAAUGUUUUGCAGUCAAACGGUACCGUUUUAGCGGUGGGUUUUCAGGAAAACGUUGCUCUAGGGUUUGUAAUGUCAUAUACAAAGAGAAGAAUCCGAGCUUUGUGGUAGCGAAAUCGGGGAAAGUUCGAGACUUUAGGCUGUUUAAUUCGGUGCAGUUGGACCAGUUUGUGACGAGUGAUGACGAGGACGAAAUGGGGGAGAGUUUCUUUGAGGCGAUUGAGGAGUUGGAGAGGAUGAGAAGGGAGCCGUCUGAUGUUCUUGAGGAAAUGAAUGACCGGUUAUCGGCUAGAGAGCUGCAGCUUGUGUUGGUCUACUUUUCGCAGGAGGGGAGGGACUCGUGGUGCGCGCUUGAGGUGUUUGAGUGGCUAAGGAGGGAGAAUCGGGUCGAUAAGGAGACAAUGGAGCUGAUGGUUUCGAUAAUGUGUGGUUGGUUGAAGAGGUUGAUUGAGGAGGGGAAUGAUGUCGCGGAUGUGAUUGACCUCUUGGUGGAUGUGGAUUGUGUUGGGUUGAAGCCUAGUUUUAGCAUGAUGGAGAAGGUGAUUUCGUUGUAUUGGGAGAUGGGGGAGAAGGAGAAUGCGGUUUUGUUUGUGAAGGAAGUGUUGAAGCGCGGGAUUGUGUAUUCGGAGGAAGAUGAUAGAGAUGGGCAUAAAGGAGGGCCGACUGGGUAUCUUGCUUGGAAGAUGACGGUUGACGGUAACUACAGGGAUUCAGUGAAGUUUGUAAUUCAACUAAGAGAAUCUGGGUUGAAGCCGGAGGUUUACAGCUACCUCAUUGCUAUGACAGCUGUGGUUAAAGAGCUGAAUGAGCUUGGGAAAGCUUUACGCAAGUUGAAAGCUUUUACAAGGGCUGGGCUGGUGGCUGAAUUUGAUUCAGAAGAUGUUGGGCUAAUUGAGAAGUACCAGUCUGAUCUUCUAGCGGAUGGAGUACAAUUGUCUAAUUGGGUGAUUCAAGAGGGAAGUUCGACACUCUGUGGGGUGGUUCAUGAGAGGCUUCUGGCUAUGUAUAUCUGUUCUGGACGUGGACUUGAGGCCGAAAGACAGUUGUGGGAAAUGAAGCUUGUGGGUAAAGAGCCUGAUGGUGACCUUUAUGACAUUGUAUUAGCCAUCUGUGCUUCCCGUAAGGAAACCAGUGCCAUAGCAAGGUUGCUUACUAGGACAGAGGUUAGCAGUUCUUUGUCUAAGAAGAAAAGCCUCUCAUGGCUGUUAAGAGGGUACAUUAAAGGAGGACAUUUUAAUGAUGCUGCCGAAACAGUAAUUAAAAUGCUUGAUUUGGGUUUGUUCCCAGAUUAUUUGGAUAGAGCAGCUGUGUUGCAUGGGCUACGGAAAAGGAUUCAACAAUCUGGUACUGUAGAUACUUACCUCAAACUUUGCAAGCGCCUUUCAGAUGCCAAUUUGAUCGAAUCCUGUCUUUUAUAUUUGUAUAUAAAGAAACACAAGCUUUGGAUCAUAAGGACAGAUGGACACAAUCUGAUAUCACUUGAAACAGUUUUCCUAGUUCUUCUUCUUGGGGAUGGAGCUUUUGAUGUACUAGACUCUGGUGGUGUCGAAAUAAUAAUUGGUGGAUUUGCUGGGACUGGAGAGGGUGAAGGGGUCAGAAAGCUGCUUGAGGGAGAUGGUGAAGGAGAAUCUGAUGAUGGGGAUGGUGAAGGGGAAUUUGAAGAUGGUGAAUCAGAUGGUGGCAUUGCAGCUGAAAAUGGUGAUAAAGAUGGUGAAACAGAUAUGGAAGGUGAAGCCCUGCCAGUUGCUUUAGCUUUUCCAUUUUUUGAUGGCUCGGGUUCAUCUACCACCUCUUGCAACCUCCGUACUCCGAUGUCGAAGGACGGCGACGACGUCGUUUUGGAGCAGGAGCGAAGAAGAUGGGAGAAGAUGGACGUGGAUUGCUUAGCAAAUGCGUUUAGCAGAGCUGGAAUGGAGUCGCUGCUUUUGGCUCUCCCUUUUGUCUGUAAGUCGUGGUACAAAGCUAGCCUCAACCCUAUAUGCUGGGCAUGUCUUUCCUUUCCAGAUUAUAUACCUUCUCCCUUGUUGGUUAAUACUGUUGAAGAAAUUGAAAUGGGUCCUCAGAGUUUCGGUUCAUUUUAUGAUAAGUUUGUGGAUGAAUAUGGAAUCGAUAAGAGUCGGUUUUCGAUUACUGCGUUUGUAAAGUUGGUGGUUGAUCGCAGCAAAGGGAAGGCUACUCAACUCGAGCUACCUAUGUAUAGUACAGAAGCAGCUCUGAGAUAUGUUUCAGAUGCGUGUCCUCUGCUCAAACACUUAACGUUUGACGAUGAUCUGGUGAUUUUCAAGCAUUCUCGAAUUCUUCCCGAAGUGAUUGGAAAGUGGAAGUUUUUAGAGGGCUUGUCUUUGCGGCACAGCUUCAUGGUCAAUGACCAGCAAGGAAGACGUGGGAAAUACUUGAGUAGAUAUUUUCGGGAGUUGUUGGCAUUUCCGAGCUGCUUUGAUGUUUUCGAGAGAAUUGUAGCGCAGAUCGGCACUCACUGCAAGCAUUUCAGGCAGCUAACUCUUAUGAAAACCCGUCUUCAUCGAGAUGAGGCGUUGACAAUUGUGAACUUUCUGCCACACCUUCAGACCAUGUCUGUGACCGGGUGCAUCAUCGAAAGGGAUAGUAUUCUCACAAUAGUUCGGGGAUGCAAAGAGCUUCGGGUUUUUUGUGCCAAGGAAUGUACAGGCUUUGAAGAGGGUGGUGAAGAAUUAUACAAGCUUGCUCGCCAGACUGAAACAAAAAUCAACUUCAACAACAACAGAGCGAAAAUGGAGAGCGGUGUCACCGGAGCUGACGUCAGCGGAGCCGCCACCAACACCACCCCCACCAUAAGCCUCAGUGUCAAGUUCGCCGGCCAGACGAUACCCAUCAAAAAUCUCUCACCGGACUCGACCGUCAAGGACCUCAAGGCUCUUCUUCAACCUCUCACCAAUGUCCUCCCUCGCGGCCAAAAGCUCAUAUCAAAAGGGAAGCUUUUGGUGGAUGCAAUGACUCUGAGGGAGUCUGAGAUCGGUAAUGGGGCCAAGAUCAUGCUCAUGGCUUCUCAGGGUUUGCACCAAGGGGAUGGACCUAUCAUUAAAAAAGCUCAGAGUCGCCCAAUAAUCAGAGAAAACAAUGCCGAUAAAGGAAAGGCGAAAAAAGCUGCUGUUGAUAAGAAUAGGAUGGAACGAUGGAAGGCUACUGGAGUUAUAGGACUCAGUGAGUGUAACUUGAAGGCUAUACCCGAAGAAGUCUGGGAUUGUAUAAGUUUUGCAAGAGUUCUGGACCUCAGAAAUAAUGUUAUCCAAGAAGUAUCUCCCUACAUUGGCUGUAUGAGUUUAUUGCAGAAAUUGUUACUCGAUUCAAAUGAUAUAUCUGAUGACUCAGUUAGCUGGGAAGCACUAAAAUCUUUGAAGUCUUUGACUGUUCUUUCUCUGAACCAAAACCGUUUAACUAGAUUGCCAUCGGAUCUGGGCUGGUUGCCAUCACUAAGGGAACUUCAUCUUGCAAGCAACCAGUUGUCUAGCCUCCCAAGUACUUUCCGAUAUCUGUCUAAGCUUGAAGUUCUGAAAGUUAACAAUAACAGGAUCAGCACCAUUCCUACAUGGAUAGGGGACCUUAUUUCUCUUAUUGAGGUUGAUCUUUCAUCAAAUCUUCUGUCAGAUUUGCCCGAGACAUUUAGCAAUUUGCAUAAUCUGAAGUCUCUGUCUCUCAGUAAUAAUGGGCUGAAAUCGCUUCCUUCUUCACUAUUCAAAAUGUGCCUAAUGCUCACGAGUCUCGAUUUGCACAACACAGAAAUAACCAUGGAUAUUCUUCGUCAGAUUGAGGGAUGGGAAAACUUUGAUGAACGACGUCGCUUGAAGCAACAGAAGAAGCUGGAUUUUCGCGUUGUCGGCUCUACUGCAUUUGAUGAAGGUGCUGAUAAAAGCUGAUGCCAGUGAUUUCUGGAAUCUGGAUUAUACAUGCUGCAUCUGUGUAAAUUUCAGUCCAUGCUGACACUAGUAUGUAGAGGAACCAAAGUGAGAUUUAAUGUCCAUGAUAGCUUUUUAUAGGAUUCAACCUAAUUCAGAGAAAUUGGUACAGUGGAUCUAUUAAGAAAUCCUUUGAAAAUUUAAGACAAUGGUUAUGGAGCAAAGAGUCCUGGUUUUAUUAUUUCUUUCUUGGU